UGCCACAUUUAGCCUGCCCUACAGCAGUUGCAUGAUUACAGCAAUAAACAAACCAUAAAAGCGAAACUUAAGACACUAUCACAUUCUAUCGCUUGUAAUGUGGCACUUCAUACAGAAGCAGCAGUCAUGUACGGGCUGGUAGAUCGCAGGUUUCGGGUCAUGGCGAGCUCGUGGAUCGGUCACUGGAGGUCCAGCGCAGGUGUUCUGACCAUCUGUCUGUUCGUCACGUUGCUCACCUGCACGUUCAGGUGUUCAGACUGUGCAAACCCCAGCAACAUCAUUCUCAUUCUCACCGAUGACCAGGAUAUUGAGAUGGGUGGAAUGACACCCAUGAAGAAGACCAAAGCUCUGAUCGGUGAUUCUGGAGUCACCUUCUCCAAUGCUUUCACUGCCAGUCCUCUGUGUUGCCCCAGUCGCAGCAGCAUCCUCUCUGGAAAAUAUCCACAUAAUAAUUUAGUCAGAAAUAACUCUAUAUCUGGAAACUGCAGCAGUGUAUCUUGGCAGAAAGAGGCAGAACCCUCGGCCUUUCCCGUGUACCUCAGCAAGAUGCGCUACCAGACCUUCUAUGGAGGAAAAUACUUGAAUCAGUACGGUUCUAAAGAAGCGGGUGGUGUGGCUCAUGUUCCUCCCGGCUGGGAUCAAUGGUACGCUCUGGUGGGGAACUCUAAAUAUUACAACUAUACACUUUCUGUGAAUGGAAAAGAGGAGAAACAUGCCGAUAGCUAUGAAAAGGAUUACCUCACGGACCUGGUGUUAAACCGGUCGCUGCAUUUCCUGGAGGAGCGAAGCCCCAGGUAUCCGUUCUUCAUGAUGUUGUGUCCGCCGUCCCCUCAUUCCCCCUGGACGGCCGCUCCUCAAUAUCAGAAGUCCUUUAUUGACGUCAAAGCUCCACGUGACGGCAGCUUCAACAAACCCGGGAAGGACAAGCACUGGUUAUUACGUCAGCCUGUGAACCCCAUGCCCAACAGCUCCAUUGAAUAUCUUGACAAUGCUUACCGCAGCAGGUGGCAGACGCUUCUCUCUGUGGAUGACAUGGUGGAAGUGCUGGUGAAGAAACUGGACUCGAUGAAAGAGUUAGAAAACACUUACAUCUUCUACACAUCUGACCACGGCUAUCACACCGGUCAGUUCUCUCUGCCCAUUGAUAAGCGACAGCUCUAUGAGUUUGACAUCCGUAUUCCUCUCUUGGUUCGGGGGCCGGGAAUCAAACCCAAGCAAACGCUUCAGUCUCCAGUGAUGAAUAUAGAUCUGCCUGUGACCAUCCUGGACAUCGCUGGAGUGAAUCUGUCCACCGUCAAUAUGGACGGACAGUCUUUUCUUCCACAGAUGGCUCCGUCGUUGCGUAACGGCACCGAGCGUCCGUUCUUUCUGGUGGAGUACAACGGUGAGGGAUAUACCUCUGAAGAUCCCAGCUGCCCUAAACUCGGCCCUGGAUUAGCUCACUGUUUCCCGGACUGCGUGUGUGAAGAUGCUUUCAACAACACAUAUGCUUGUGUGAGGACACUGAAAGAUGGAAACUUGCAGUACUGUGAGUUUGCAGAUAAUGAGUCGUUCGUGGAGGUGUACAACCUGACGGCCGAUCCCCAUCAGCUGGAGAACAUUGUGAAGAAGGUUGACCCUGCUCUCUUACAGACCAUGAACCAAAGACUGAUCAAGUUGCAGUCAUGUGUAGGAGACAGCUGUCGAAACAUCAAAUAAAACUCAGCGUCAGGGGACGGGCCGGAUCCCAAUCCAACAGAGAGAUCAGUGUUUCUGUCAUCUAUCUGGUUGUGCACAUAAUUCUUCUGAAAUUCAUUAGGUCAUCCUAAAAUCCAAAUGUUGCCAUUGAUGUACUCGCCCUCAUGUCCACACAAGAAAACGUUGUUCUUGUUAAGAGUGACAUGAGGGUGAGUUAGUGUUUUCUUUUUGGGGUGAACUGUUGAUCCUGAUCUCGUGAAGUCAUGCAUACUUCCCUUCUUUAAAUGUGAAUGUACGUACAGUAUGAUUCUGAUCAUUCAGAUGCAUCCUUAUUAUUUCUGGGCUGUCAUACAGCUACAGAGAACCAGUUGAACUUGUCAUCAGUCUCGCUUUACUACUAUCUUGCAUGUGUUGUUGUCUCUCUUUGAGCACUUUUACCUUCAAUGAAAGCUUAAACCAAAUGUUGUCAUGUGCUAAAUAUACUACCAUCAAACACAUUUCACCUCGUGUUUUAAUAAUCUGCUUGUCUUAUGGUUUGCCAUGCUGUUGCAUGGUUUAUUACAUUUUCUUCAUGCUGUGAAUCGAAGCGUAGCUUCACAUCCAACCACCCGACACCUGAUGUCAUUGUUUUUAAAUGAACUGUGCUUCAAAAAGGGAAUGAUCUGAUAUUUAAGGGAAUUUUCCCGUUUUGCAGUCUUUGAUUUUAGCUUUAAUGGUUGUGCCUUUUGCACUACACCAGUGUUCGUGCCUUUGUACAAUACAGAUGUCUAAUUUUGAAUAAUCAAUAAAUUUACAAACAAACUUGGUUUACA